AUAAUCCAUUUAUUGAAGAGGGUGAGGAUAAGGAUGAUGUAAUAAUUGAUGAUAUUGGUAAUCUUUGCUUCAAGAAAGAGGAAUUGUCAGAUGAUUAUAAAAUAGGAAAUACCAAUGUUUCACAGUUAUUCAGACAAUAUCAAAAUGAAUUGUAG